CGGGGGCAGAGAAGAGGCGGGGAUGGGCUCUGGACCCAGCCAGGAGGGGUACAGAGAGAGCCUGUUCUCAGCUCUCUGUCCUUCCCCGGCCCCCGCUCUCUGACUGGCUAUCUGCCUCCCUGGCUCCGUCCAUCCAUCCGGCCACCACACAGCCCUAUCUGUCUGCCCCCCAAGUCCACUCUGCCACGAUGGGACCCCAAGGCAUCUCUUCUUUCUUGCUCCUGCUGCUGCUGAGCUCCGUGGUCCAGGCGGCUAGGCUCCGUCGGGAAGAGCCCCAGACCCUCCUGUCCAGGGUGCAGGAUACUCUGGUAGGCUACCUGGGAGCAGUCAGCACCACAGCCCGAGAGCUGUAUGAGAAGGCAAAGAACACCGGCCUGAAUGAGAAGAUUAGCUCCCUUUCUCCCCACAGGGAUGCCUACAGUAAGAGCACAGCGGCCAUGACCACCUACACCGGUAUCCUGACAGACCAGAUCUACCACUUGUGGGCUGGGGAUCAGUGAUACACCCGGGACCACCCUCCUCCCCGCCCCCUUCACCCUCCAGGGAAGGAGCCCUGGAAUCCACAGUCUCCACCCCAAUAAAGCAAACGCCCCAACCGGC